UGUAACCGUAACAAUCCAAUCCAAGGAAGCAAUAUAAAUUUGCGACGUGGCAGGCAGACAGUCACUCAGGCAAAUGAGUGAGUGGCGAUGGCAGUAGUAGCAGCAGCAGCAGCCGUUGGAGUGAGGUGCUCAUCGCCGCCUCUUCUGCCUCGCAAAUUCAAAUCAUCGGAGACUUCUCCGUUUCCUUAUAGAAAUAGAAUCCAUGCAUCGUUGUUUUGGGGACCUGCCAAACGGAAUAGCAAUAACAUCUCUUCUUCUUCUUCUCACCAACAAAAGUUCACUUUCACUCUCUCCUCCGAGAAAGUGAUAACUGUUUCCUUUGUAUCUUCAAUCUCAGAUAUUCCAUCCACCGAAUGGGACGCCUGUGCACUCGACGCUACCGGCCACGACAAGUUCAAUCCAUUCCUCUCCCACGCUUUUCUAUCCACCUUAGAGCUUUCUGCUUCUGCUGUCAAGGAAAAAGGAUGGACUCCACAUCACAUCGUUGCUAAAGAUGAAGAAACCAACCACAUCCUCGCUGUUGUCCCUCUCUAUCUCAAGACCCAUUCAUAUGGUGAAUUCGUUUUUGAUCAUUCAUGGGCCAAUGCUUACUAUAAUUAUGGAUCCGCUUAUUACCCAAAGUUACAAUCUUGUGUGCCCUUCACCCCAGUCACCGGUCCAAGGAUCUUACUUCGUGACACUUCUAUCAAAAAUCACGUUUUUGAUUUUAUUCUCUCCGCAAUGAAGGAUCUCACUGCCAAAUCUCAGCUUUCAUCUUUACACGUCACUUUCCCCUCUGAAAAUGAAUGGCACAAAUUCACUCAAAAAGGUUUCCUCCCCAGAAUUGGAAUGCAGUAUCACUGGAACAACCGCAACUACAAAUCUUUUGAUGACUUCUUGAUGGACAUGAAGCAUAAUAAGAGAAAAAAGAUACGUCAAGAGCGAAAGAAGGUUGCAGCUCAGAACUUGAUUAUGAAACGCCUCCGGGGUUAUGAAAUAAAGGCAAGGCACUGGGAUUCUUUCUAUACCUUUUACAGGAACACAACUGAUAACAAAUGGGGUACUCCUCACCUGACAAGGGAAUUUUUUCAUGAGAUGGGAUCAAAAAUGGGAGAUCAGGUACUACUUAUUGUUGCUGAAGAUGGGGAUGAACUAGUUGCUGGUGCCCUAAAUCUUAUCGGAGGAGAUACUUUGUUUGGGCGUCUAUGGGGGUGUCAGCCACAAACUUACUAUCCAUUUUUGCAUUUUGAAGCAUGUUAUUACCAGGCAAUUGAAGCAGCGAUUGAACUCAAUCUUAAAACAGUAGAAGCAGGAGCUCAGGGUGAACAUAAGAUUGAGCGUGGAUAUCUUCCUGUGACAACAUAUAGCUGCCAUUACCUUAUUGAUGAAGAAUUUAGGAAAGCUAUAGAAGAUUUUUUAGUUCGUGAAUCUUCUCAGGUGAAGCUUGUUAUAAAACUCUUGCGUGAUUCUGGUCCUUUCAAGGAAGGUGUCCUGUAGAAAGUAUACACAUGGGCAAUGUUGAUUCAAAUUUGUAAAUAUAUAUGGUUUUUAAUGCUAGGAAUGUAUGUAUAGUGGAUUCAGUGGCCAUUAAUUAAUACAGUAUUUGAUACCUUAGGCCAUCUGUUUGAAUAUUUUUGGAUUGUUUCAUCCUUUAAGUCCAAAUUUAAGAUGGAAGAAAGAGUGAAAUA